AUGUCCAACUCCACAACACUUUUUACAUAUGAACUCAAUGACUUUACUGCGUGGGAUGCUGCCAACGUCUUGGAGUAUGCUACAUUGCGAUUCGCCGCGAUCUGGCUUGUAUGUGACCGGAGCCAUGUGCCUCGGACGCCGGCUUACAAAGCCAGCUUUGUCCGGCACCUUCAAUGGGAGGCAGAUUGUUUUGCUUUUCCUUAUAUCAACUUAUGUCUGGUGAUGAACAUUCAUCCGACCAUGCCCGACCUCCUCCGCCUCGUCAUUGCCCACUUCGCCCACUUCCAAACCGGCACCAUCAAUGCCGAGGAACUGCAUGACAAAUUCUUCGAGUGCUGCUCUCCCAAUGACCAAGAACUAUGGUCCAAUCACCGAGUCGUUCGCAAUUAUUCCCAUGAUUGGUGGAAGGAUCGCUUCGACAGGUUGGGGUUCGAGCUCCUGAUGUUGACCAUUCAGGAGCCGAUUGGAGCCAUGCUCAUGCCAGGUCCCGCUGUGACCGGUCAGGUGGACAGCGAUGCCCUCUUCAAUCAAAUUGUGGCGGUGAGGGCCCAUCUCCGACACCUUGGCGAAGCGAUGGCCUCCUUGCUGGAGCAGAAGACCCAGAUCGCUGCAGCAGCCGCCUCCACCAUAUCCCAACUUGAGGCGCCGAUUGAUGAGGUGGAGCAGGCACUCAUUAAUUCCCGUAGGCGAUUUUGUGCGGAGCAGUGA